CGCGAGGAUUGACAGCUCCUUCCUUCCUAGUGCAGCCGUUAGCUCUGCGGCUGUAUCACCGGCUGUUUGAAUGGUUUAGCGGCGGAAAGAAAGAUCUGUGAUGCGAUUGUUAUUUGACUACAAAUAGAGUUAACGUUACGGUCGAUUUAAAGAUACAGAGAAGCCACACUGAAACAAGGUAAGAGGCUGAGCGAGUGAGUGUGCGAGUGAGAGAAGGAACGAGAGAGAGAGAGGCCAUGGACCAGCAGAGACAGAGAUCUCUCUCCACAUCAGGAGAAUCGCUGUACGCCGUGCUGGGCCUCGAUAAGGCCGCGACGACAGAGGACAUCAAGAAAUGUUACAGGAAACUAGCAUUGAAGUUUCACCCAGACAAGAACCCGGACAACCCAGACGCAUCUGAAAAGUUUAAGGAAAUCAACAACGCCCACUCAAUCCUCAGCGAUUGCACUAAGAAGAACAUCUAUGACAAAUACGGCUCGCUGGGGCUCUACGUCGCAGAGCAGUUCGGAGAGGAGAACGUCAACACCUACUUUGUUCUGUCCAGCUGGUGGGCGAAGGCCUUGUUUGUCUUCUGCUGCCUGUCCACAGGCUGUUAUUGCUGCUGUUGCCUGUGUUGCUGCUUUAACUGUUGCUUCGGUAAAUGUAAACCUCGGCCGCCCAUGAACCAGGAGCCCGAGUUCUACGUCUCCCCCGAGGACCUGGAGGCCCAGAUGACCGCUGACGAGAGAGAUGGCGGUGAGCCCAUCGUGAUGCAGCCAUCCUCAGCCACAGAAACCACCCAGCUCACCACUGAUGCCCACCAAAACUACAAGACCGACGCAUACUAGACACACACACACACACACACACUCACACCUGGCAGUAUCAACCAAUAACACCCAUACACACACCAGCAAAUACCAGAUACCAUCUCUCACAGACGGCCAUCACACCACUCAGCCCAAGCGUUUACCUAUAAUUCACGUUAAUGUGCAUAUCAAUGUAAAGUGAGGGGAGACGGAGGAAAAAUACACGCAUACAAAAAAAAGGUGCUGAAUACAGACAACACGAGUGAUCCUGUGUUUCUUCAGGAUCAUCCAGAGUAACAUUCGUCUUUAGAGAAUUGGAUGAGCUCAUAGUUCAGCUGGCAUCAGGAGGCUAGUAUCAAAAAUAUCCAUCAUGUCAGAUGAAGUUAGAAGCACAGAAGGGGAAGCUUUUCAAAACGCACACGUUUCAUGAGAAAAAAAAGCAUUAAACCUGAAAAUUGUGUGUGUUUGCAAACUCGAGUCGAGUGAAUUACCUGAAACUUAAUUGAAGAUAAUUCACCAGUUUAAAAUUAAUCCGGCCAGAGAUUCACAAUUAUGAUAUGCAGUGUGUGUGUGUGUGUGUGUGUGUGGGGGGUAAAACAACCCAAUGUGUAUUUUAACGCUUUUAAGUCUAUUUUCUUCCGUAGCACAGCGAUUGUGUGUUGGGCUCUGAGCGAUGCCAAAGCGUGGUCGACCGACACAUGCAAUCUGACGUACAUUUCGUUACCUGCCCAAAUCAGCUCGGCUAACCACGGCCUGUCCACAUGCAGCCCAAAGGUUAUGAUGCACACUGUGCGAGUGACACACUUUGUACACACACACUGGACUCUUCUCAGUUUUCUAUUUUGUGCCUCCUCGUCUCCUCUCUCCUCUGUCCUCCUGCCUGUAACCCUGAAAUCAAUCUCCAGGAAUGCAGAUGUGUUUUUGCCACCUGUGACGUAUAAAAGAGGCGUGACACACGGCUAUGCCACACUGCCCAAUUAACUGACGGUGCUUUAAAAGGAUGGCUCCAAAGCACAGAUGUCUCGUUUUGUUGAAGGCCUGUCUCCUUGUCUCCUCUCUCCUCAGCAAAGGAACUGAGGAUGUACAAACUGAAAAAUGAGAAGAGCCCGUAGUACAAACAGAAUUCCGUCUGUUUCGGACUAUAUCCGACUCCUGUGUGCUGUCGAGACUACAAAGAAUUGCCAUCUCGCAUAUUUGCCAAGUGGAAAUUUAUGCAAUGCGUUCCUGGAAAGAGUUUUUUGACACAUCAUACAAGGGUUUUACCCUUGAUGUCUAGAACGUACCUAGAUUUUGUUCUUCAUAUGCUCAGAAACUGCUCCAUGAGAAACAAGCGGUUUUCUUUUAGCUGGUUAGGUUGUAAGAAAACUCUCUGAAGGCUUCUCGCUCAGCCCAAAGCUGGCAGGAAGUAGGUCACUGAUCCUGUCGAUGAGUUUGGUUCGGAGUUUAAAAGACCAUGUGGCUGUUUAAAACACUUGUCAAUAGGGAUGCACCGAUCUGAUCGGCGCCGAUCCAUAUCGGCCGAUAUUGCCAUUAUCGGUUUUGAUCGGCGUUCUCAAAACGGCCGAUCAAACCGAUCGAUCAGAUGACGUAACAUCUGCGAGAACUAUCAGACGUUUCAAUCGCAAUAAUGCGACACAAUAAAUAGAAUGCUUCAAUCGACACCGUGAUCGGUGAUCGGUAUUAUCGGAUCGGCAGAUACUGAUUUCGGUGAUCGGUAUUAUCGGUGAUCGGCAGAUUCUGAUUUCAGUGAUCGUGAUCGGUGAUCGGCACAAAAAACCUGAUCGGUGCAUCUCUACUUGUAGUAUAUAGAACAACUUUAUUGUAAGACCAAAGUGUUUCUGCUUCUGGCCUUGAUCAAGGUCGUUUAUUUGUCCUCACCCUUGUGAACGUCGCCACAGGAGCUCCUCUCGGUGUGAAGAGGGCGGCACCAGUGUCCCCCCCAUUGAAACCAUUGGCUCACUUGCAUCUGGUUCAACAGGUUGUGUGCCUCUCCAUUCUGAAAUAGUUGGGAGUGUGGCAUGCAGACUCCACUAGCAAGUAAAUUCCACUUGUCAUCCAGCACAUUAAUACCGCACGAUUCAUCAAGUUUGCAGCCAGACAGAAACGGCUUCCUUGAGGAAACACCUGACUGAACAGAUACCUGGAAGUCGACAGCAGCCGGCACACAAAGCGCUGCUGAAUGUCGACUGUGACGGGUUUGUUUCUACUCCUCAAAGAGAAGUCUCAAAAGGUCUUCAAGUAAUAAUUAACUCCUAUUAAAUCUUGAAAGGGUAUCACAUUGCUUCAGUUUCUCAGUAGUAGCAGUAAUUAUUAGUCAGGUUACUUGUUAUUAACACGAAUGCGUUGUACAUUUGCCAUGGUCCCCUUCCUUCGCACUGCUUCCUUCUUUUAUACUUUCAACAUAAUCCAUGUUUUGUGAGAAAGUAAAAAUGAUGUACGUGUCGUUUAAAGUGUAUGUUUAGAUUUGACGUCACUGUAUUUCUUUUGAGUUCAACACUUUUUUCUUCUAUUUGUUUGUCUCUGUAGAAUUGCUUUCCAUUGUUUUUCUUUUCUUAUUUAUGUUGUUAAUGAAGGGAGGAUAUUGAUAUCCAAAGUCUUAUUUGUUUAUGUGGCAGCAGUUUUGUAGAUUAUAUAAUCCUCAUAGCAACUGAAGAGCAGUUUACAACAAUCAGGCUGAUUAUGUCGUAGAGUAUAAUUUUCCAGAAUAACACUCAUUUUCUUUUUUUGUAGCGUAUCUAUAUUAAGUAGCACUCCAGCUCUGCUAAAGUAGGAAAUACAGGAACAUUGUGGUUGUUUGUGUCAACAGUUUGAUUUGUGUUGUGAUUAAACCAACCAGGCUAAUUUAUUCAAUAUAUUUUCUUUGAUUCCGAAACCAAACACUUUGUUCAUUAUGUAUUUAUACAUAUCAUGAGACGAUGCAAUAUGAGCAAAAUGGUUCCCCUUAAAUUCUCUUCCAAAUGUCCGAUCGCAAAUUUCAAAGGGCCAUAAUUUUAAGAAAGGUUCCUAAUUAGCUCGUUCUUAAUUGGCUCAUUCUGAAGCAAAGAGAAUAAGGGUUAACACAUAACUGUUCAAAACAGGCUGCUUAAGUCUGAUUUGUAUUCCUUUUUAUAGCAUUUAAGUUUAUAAUUCAGAGUUUGGACUCCAAUUAAGGAUUAAAAAGAUAUUUUUAGGAACCUUUAUGAAACUUGAAGGUGCCCCUUUUGAAUUUGAUUUAUCUUGAUUAGCGUUGUGCUUCAUGUUGUGUCCAAUGAAAUGCUACAUUGUUUUUAAAAACCCUCCUUUCUUUUUGAUUUUCCUCUAUUGACCAAACAUGCAACCGUGUCUGAGUGAAUGCAAGGUGAAGCCUAAAAAACAUAAACCUGGAGUCUCGAAACUUCCAUUGUUGGAUCUAUAACAAGGUCAAAAUAAAUAACAAAAACUGAUGUAAGUAAAUACAGCGACCAGAUCAUAAUGAUAUCGAAGCAUUAUUUUAUUUUUCUUAAUCUAUUAACAAUUAGCUUGAGGGGAUGUAUAGAAUUUUAGAUGUGAACUAUUUUGAAAAUGAAGUGGCAAAUUGACAGACCUGCUGUAUAUACACGCAGAGUACUUAGAGACUUAGAGAUGAUCUGUUCUGAGCAUGAUCUGAAGAUGUUUGUGUGUCAGCCAGAUGUUUGAGUAAAUGAAGUAUAUGACACACUGUUGUCAAAUAAAUGUUUCUGUUGCUUCAGA